AUGUCGACAAUACGGUCGUCUACUGCUGCUACUAAUAGUCUAGCAUCGUCCUUGGGGAUUGAUGAAGAGACUCGGGUGUUGAUCCUGAAGAAGACGUGGUGCCAUGGUCAGCUCAUGCUGCCUGUGUUUUCCGUCAUCUACUUAUACCUCUUUUUCACUUCUUGGCGGUAUCAUGUCGUCUUGUUGUUUGCCGCCCUGGUGCUGCCCAUCUGGUCUUACCUGUCGUAUCAAGCUGUCUCUGCUUCGUCAUCCAUCGCAGCAGCAGAAAAUAACCCUUCGCCAGGUCUGUUUUGGACUUUGGCACUGUUGGUGGAAAUGGCACAUCUCAGCAUCUUUUGGGUUGCCAUGGGAAUGGAAGAACGAACCUCCAUCACGAUGCUUCUCAUGAUUGCCUCGGGACUCUUCUUUAUUGAAACACUGGCCUUUCUCAUGGUAGUAAGGACACUGGGCAAUCGCAGACAAGACAGUGACGUUUACAAUGCAACCUCCAGGUUGGUGUGA